CUUUUCUUGUUUCUUUUUCCUCCCUAGUUUUCCCCACAUUCACUGUGCCCUCAAUGGAGGAGGAUCCUACACCACGCCAUGACGCGCUGGCUGUUGCGUCCGCUGAAGCGUCCGCUGAAGCGUCUACUGACGCGCCCAAACCUGCGCGGAUGCGGCCCUCGAAGCGGGGUGAAUUACCUGGGCCUGCGGGGCUUCCGGGCUUCUGCCGGCAGAAGCACUUCAACCGGGCAGCCAACGCUUAUGUGGUGCCCUUGUGGGAGGUGUCCUCCAGUUGGCUGCCAGAGGAGUUGAAGCCAUAUGAGGUGGCUCGAAAACGUGAGAGCUUUUCCCCUGAGAAGCGGCGGCCGAAUGGCGAGAACGGCGCGAGAAACGAAGACGACGAAGAUAGCGAGGACGAAGAACUCCUUGAGGACCCGACCGAGAGCGAGCAGAGUGAGGUCGCUUGGGAGGGCCCACUGGGCGGUAGCAGCCGUGCCUGGUUCCGGGGCGUGGUGGAUACUGCGCUGGUCCUUCUCCGCCGGCUGCAGGGCGACGCCGGCACCUACGCUGUGGGCGUCUCGGCGGCCUUGAUCCCUCCAGAGACGGUGGGCGAGGGCAACGAUGCCUCGAUGGACCGGUGCCUGGCACAGGUCUGUCGGUUACGUGAGCCCCGCUGGGCGGUGAUGGCGCUUCGUAGUGGACACUUUGCCGGCGCCAUCUUCCAUGGCCAGGAGUCAAUCAUCCACAAGGCGCUCCACAGAUACACGGUGCGCGCCAAGGCGGGCGGAGCGCAAAGUGCCUGCGACGGCGGGAAGAAGGUGAAGAGCGUCGGCUCCUCGCUCCGCCGCCACGGGGAGCAACGCUUGGCCGAGGACAUCAAGGAGCUGCUGACGGUGAAAUGGGCCGAAGAGCUGAGUGCCUGCGAGUUGAUCUUGGUCUCAGUCUCGAAGCGGAUGAAGUCCACGCUGCUGGGCACUGAGAAGGAACCCUUCUUGCCGGAGCCGCACCGGAUCCGGAAGCUGCCCUUCAUGAUGGGGAAACCCACCUUUGAGGCUGUCAAGUCUGCCUACUUCAGGGCAGCCAGCCUGGUCUUCUGCGAGGAGAAGGUGGCGGAGGUCAUGUCAGCCCGCUUCAACCCCCGGGAAGAGCCCGAGAAGCCCUCGAAACUGGAGAAGCCGCCUGAGAAGGUGCCAGAGAAAGAGCCGGAGGCGGCGCCGGAGCCGGUGAAGUACUGUGAAGAGGAGGAUCCCCUCUUCACUGCGCUUCAUGCGGCGGCGCUCGCAGAUGACGUCGAUCAGAUCUGGGAGGAGUUGGAAGAGGGCGGCGACCCGACGGCGCGCGACAGCAAGGGCCGUGUGGCCUACUACCUCUGCAGCAGUGCGGGUGCGCGCGAGGCCUUCCGCCGGUGGCGCGGGCAGAACGAAGAGGCCUGGGAGUGGGAGAAGGCGCAGGUGCCGGAGGGCAUCACCGAGGCCUCGGAGCAACGGAAGAGAGAAAAGGAGAAGGAGAAGAAGAAGAAACAAAAAGAGAAGCAAAAGGCCAACAAAGCAAAAGCCAAGGAGGAGGAAGAAGAGCGAUUGCGCAAGGAAGCAGAGGAGAAGCGGCAACUCGAGGAGGCUCGGGUCAAAUGUGACAAGUGCCAAACGCCCAUCACGGCCAAACCCUUCUCCCGGCUCAACUACCUCUACUGCUCCUUUGACUGCUCCAACCAACACCGCCGCGACUUGCAAGCCGAAGCGGCCCUGAAACGCCUGGGCUAAUGGCUGAGCCAUAGGCUUUUUCACGUGUACAGACAUCGCAGAAAGGCGGAGCAAGAGAGAACGAUAUUCUCUCAACUUUUUUCACUCUGGUGUGUUCUGGCAAAAUUCCGAAACCACACCGUUCAAAACCUGUUAAACGGACAUCCUCUUGCAGGUUCCUUUUGGCAUCUUUGCCGAGCUGUAGGCCAGAUAAGGAGAUGCAAUGACUGAUGGUGCAGUUCUUGGUCCUUCUUGCUGGAGCUUGCCAAGGCUACCUUCGGCGUUGUGGCGCGUUGUCCGGACAGUGCCACGAUCCGUUGUGGAUCGAUGGGCAGAAGGCCGCGCCGGUGUGAACCGCCGCGGAAAUGGGGC